AGCCGACAAUGCUCUUUACUGUGACAGCUCACACUCUUUAAUUUCUUCUCCUUCAAAUACAGCACACUCUCCCAUCUUACACAACCGCCCUUGUUUUUAACCAAUAUUUUAGUGCACUAUUCGUAGACCGCCUUCCUUCCCUCUUUCCUCUUCAAAUCUCAGCUACUCCUUUUAUACUUUCUUAACUGGCUAACCAACAUUCAAAGCUCGUAUUUUAAACUACUACUGUUCUCCUUCUGCUAGUGUAACAAGAAGAAAUCUUUCUUUCUUUGAGUGUGUUAGUUUAAGUUGUUAGUGUCAAAUCUUGGAGGGUGUUUUCUUGAUAUUGUCCACCUGCUGACAGAAUGAAUAAACAAGAAAUGCUGAAGACUCAGACCUGUGUCCUGAAAGUAAAUAUACACUGUGAUGGUUGCAAACACAAGGUGAAAAAGAAAUUGCAAAAAAUUGAAGGUGUUUACACAGUGAAGAUAGAUUCAGACCAAAGCAAAGUGACAGUGACAGGAAAUGUUGAUCCAGCAACACUGAUAAAGAAGCUAGUGAAGUCAGGGAAACAUGCAGAGCUAUGGGGUGGUGGACAAAAGGGAGGUUCUAAUGUCAAUAUGAUGAACAAUCAGUUCAUGAACAUGCAAAUGGACAACUUCAAAGGUGGAAAAGACAACAAAUCUAAAAAGGGUGGUGGUGGAAAUAAGGAACAACCAAAGGGUAAUGCCCAACAGUUCCUUCAGAUGAUGCAAAACCAUAAAGGGUCAAAGGAUAAUUUCAAGAUGCCUAAUGUUCCUAAAUCUAAGGACCAAAAAUCUGUUAAGUUUAAUUUGCCUGAGGAUGAUUUUGAUGAUGAGUUUGAUUCUGAAUUUGGUUCUGAUGAGGAUGAGUUUGAUUACGAAUCUGAUGAUGAGUUUGGUGGUGGCCCACCUAACAAAAUGAUGCCUGCUAUGGGGGGUGGGGGUGGUCAUGGACCCCACCAUGGGCUUAAUGCAAUGAUGAUGAAUCCAAAUUUAAAGGGUGGGGCUAUGGGUAAUAAUGGUGGAAAUGGCAAGAAAGGUGGUGGUGGGGUUGAAAUUCCUGUACAAAUGAAGGGUAUGGGUGGAAAUCAUCAUGAUGGUAAGAACAACAAUGGAGGAAAACAGGGAAAAGGAGGGAAUCAAAAUCAAAGUGGUGGUAAAAAUGGAGGUGGUGGUGGUGGUCCACCUGAUGGUAAAAAUGGUAAAGGUAACAAUAAUGGAAGUUUUGGAGGUAAAAAUGGUGGCAAGAUGGAUGGAGGCCUAAUGAUGAAUAGUAUGCAACAAGGGCCUCAUGGGAUGAUGAGUAUGGGCCAAAAAGGUGGAGGCCCAAUGAGCAUGGGCCCAAUGGGUCAAAUGGGUAACCCUCAAAUGGGCCAAAUGCAGGCAGCUCAAGGACUACCUGCGGGCGGUGCCGGAUACCCGGGUAUGGGUAUGGGGAUGGGGCAGGGUGGCAACCCUUAUAGCCAACAACAGCAACAGUACAUGCAACAACAAAUGAUGAUGAACCAGCAGCGGCCCGCUGGAUAUGAUAUGUACGGUGCCCAUCCGAUGAUGUAUGCCCGACCGCAUCCCGCCGUGAGUUACGGCCCACCACCGCCUAUGGGAGCUCCGGUGCAUGAUAAUCUUACUCAUAUGUUUAGUGAUGAGAAUACAGGCAGUUGUAGUAUUAUGUAAAUAUUGUUAAAAAGGUUGUGCGAACUUUGUUUUGGUCCUACUUCAUGAAAUGAUGGUGUAUGCUUGUCUUUAGAAUGCAAUUGUAAGAAUAUGUUGCUCC